AUGUUGAAAACACUCCCCCUGCUGGUCCGGCUGCCGGAGCCAUGGAAGACCUCUUAUGAGCUUCUGGUAGUCGAAUACGAACUCGCCGUGCGCAAACUUAAGCUAAGUCACUCUCCUCGUGCGGACGAUGGGCCUCUGCCGCCGGAGCCGCUACACCAUGAAUUCUUGACCUUCACCGACUUGGCUCUUCCUCAGUCGUUGACUGCUCCGGACGAGGGCAACAACCUGGCAUGGGCAAGGGCACAACGAAGCCCUAUUACGCAUCUCUCCUGGUCUGGAGCCACGCCCACUGUGGGUCAGAUAUGGAACGUGGUCCACGCAAUCGGGAUACUGCACGAUGACUUCGAGAUCUUUCGUGCGGAUCUAUCAGGGGACGGUCAGGAGCUGCUGGAACGAGAGCUGCUGGCAGUUGGACUCGCUACGCCUCAUCCCAAGCCUUCCUCACCUCCAGGGAAACCGAUUCCCCCCUCGACAGACCAUACUGGACAGUUGGUCUUUUCCCGCAGCAGUUUCUGGCAGGGAGCAGGCUCCCCGUUUGGUGCUCGCGCAGCAUGGGUUGCUGACCCAGCUAUCCACAACCAUCUACGAACGCCGUUAAAUUUGUAUCCCAGUCGACCGUUAGAGUAUACAUUGACAACAGAGUUUCCUAAGCGCCAGGUGCACGCAUUGCACCCAGUACGCCCUCCCAAGCCAGCACCCGGGUCACGCAUCUACAGUCGCUAUAUUCCAGCCCUUGGCGAGUUCUUCUCCGUAUACGCCCUGGACUACACCAACGAGGAGCACCUGCACCUCUUCCACACAUGGCAGAACGAUCCCAGAGUGGCCGAGCAGUGGAACGAAACGGGCACGCUGGACCAACACCGCGAAUACCUACGCCAGAUCCAUGAAGAUCCCCAUCAAAUGGCCGUGCUGGCCAAAUUUAACGAUAUCUUCUUCUCCUACCACGAGAUCUACUGGGCCAAGGAAGAUCAUCUCGGCGCACACUACAACGCCGGCAAUUGGGACCGCGGACGGCACUCUCUCGUCGGCGACACUCGGUUCAGGGGGUCACAGCGGGUGGUUGCAUGGUGGUGUAGUCUGAUGCAUUACAUCUUCCUGGACGAGCCUCGCACCGAGUACGUGACUGGCGAGCCCAAAUUUGCCCAUCGAGUUCCCCUUGCGUAUGACCAUGCUACGGGCAUGAACCUGGCCAAGGUCAUCGACCUGCCUCAUAAACGUUCCGCACUGAUUCUGGGGAGUCGAGACAAGUUCUUCCAUGUAGCACCGAUGCGUUUCGACGGCGUUGAAAAUUUGGAUCGUAAUCCAUAUGGCGUGCUGAAGCUAUAG